UGACGUAACGCGUUGCGCGGUGAGGUCAGUCUAGCGCCGCCGUUGCUGGUCCCGCUGCCCGUCGCUCUGUCUGCUUUGCUCGGCUCGCUGUAGUCUUUCACCCCCCUCUACGGAGUGCGGCGCGUUCCGUGAACCUUGGACAUUGUAGGAUUUGGUCUGAUAGGAGCUUAGUGACAAAUCGGCCUGGUCUGACUCUUCGCUUGGCUUCAGAUUGAUACUUUACUAUUGUCAAAAAUGGAGAUUAGAAAGUAAUAACCGGAGGAAAAUAGAGAAAGAUAAACUCUGCAUUAAGGUUCUAGGUUUGCAUGUCACAGAAUGCCCUUCAUUUGGAGGUUGCAUACUCAAAAUGGUGGCACCACACAUCCCAGAGUACCUGGUGGAGAAUGCAAUGGGAUCAAUAGCAUGUCUGCGGAGAGUGGCCCUGGGACAAGACUGAGAAAUUUACCAGUAAUGGGGGAUGGUCUAGAAGCUACACAAAUGUCUACAACACAGGCACAGGCCCAACCCCAACAAGGCAGUACUGUAGCCACUAACCCACCUCCACCAGAGACCUCAAAUCCUAGCAAACCCAAGCGCAUGACCAACCAGCUACAGUAUCUGCUCAAAGUGGUGCUCAAGACAUUAUGGAAACACCAGUUUUCAUGGCCUUUCCAACAGCCUGUGGAUGCUGUCAAACUAAACCUCCCUGAUUAUUAUAAAAUUAUUAAAACUCCUAUGGACAUGGGAACAAUAAAGAAACGCUUGGAGAAUAACUACUACUGGAAUGCUCAAGAAUGUAUCCAGGACUUCAAUACAAUGUUUACAAAUUGUUACAUCUACAAUAAGCCAGGGGAUGAUAUUGUUUUAAUGGCAGAAGCAUUAGAGAAACUUUUUCUGCAGAAAAUCUCUGAAAUGACCCAGGAAGAAACUGAAAUUGUUAUAGUCCAGACAAAAGGAAGAGGACGUGGUAGGAAGGAAGCAGUUACAUCCAAGGCAGGCGUAUCAACGGUACAGAAUGCAACUCAAGCAUCAUCCCCACCACAGACCCAGACGCCACAGCCGAAUCCUCAGCCCGUGCAAACAACUCAUUCCUUCCCUUCUAUGACCCCUGACCUCAUUGUCCAGACGCCAGUAAUGACAGUGGUGCCUUCCCAACCUCCUGCACCACCGCCUCCCCCUCCCCCUCCCCCUCCUCAAGCUUCUGCUCCCCAGCCCAUUCAGACACACCCACCAAUAAUCCCGACAGCCGCACAGCCCAUGAAGACAAAAAAAGGUGUAAAGAGGAAAGCAGACACUACAACUCCAACAACAAUAGACCCUGUUCAUGAAUCCUCCUCACUGCCCACCGAACCCAAGUCCGUCAAAGGAGGUCAACGAAGGGAAAGCCGACCUGUAAAACCUCUGAAGAAGGAGGUGCCAGACUCUCAACAGCAUGUACUGGAGAAAAGUAGCAGUAACAAAGUAUCAGAACAAUUAAAGUAUUGUAGUGGGAUAAUAAAAGAAAUGUUUGCAAAGAAGCAUGCUGCAUACGCAUGGCCCUUCUACAAGCCUGUGGAUGUAGAAGCACUUGGGCUACAUGAUUAUCGUGAUAUCAUUAAGCAUCCUAUGGAUCUGAGCACAAUUAAAUCCAAACUGGAGAAUCGGGACUAUCGAGAUGCUCAGGAAUUUGCAGCUGAUGUCCGAUUGAUGUUUUCUAAUUGUUACAAAUACAACCCUCCUGACCAUGAAGUGGUUGCUAUGGCACGGAAACUGCAGGAUGUGUUUGAAAUGCGCUUUGCAAAAAUGCCAGAUGAACCUGAAGAACCUGUGAUUCCAGCUUCCUCACCAGUAGUGGUACAGCCCCCACCCAAAGUGCCCCCACCUUCAUCCAGUGAUAGCAGCAGUGACAGCUCCUCUGAUAGUGACAGUUCAUCAGAUGAUUCUGAAGAGGAGCGAGCUCAGAGGCUAGCAGAGCUCCAGGAACAGCUUAAAGCAGUGCAUGAGCAGUUGGCUGCCUUGUCCCAGCCACAACAGAACAAACCAAAGAAAAAGGAGAAGGACAAGAAAGAAAAGAAAAAAGAGAAGCACAAAAAGAAGGAAGAAGUAGAAGAGAGUAAGAAAAAUAAAACCAAGGAUCCACCACCUAAGAAGGUCAAAAAGAAUAAUGGCAGUAGCAGUAAUUCAAGUAAGAAGGAGCCUGUGACUGUGAAGAACACGAAGCCACCUCCUGCUUAUGAGUCUGAGGAGGAGGAGAAAUGUAAGCCAAUGUCUUACGAGGAAAAAAGACAAUUGAGCCUGGACAUUAACAAACUCCCUGGUGAGAAACUAGGCCGGGUUGUCCAUAUCAUCCAGUCAAGAGAACCCUCACUCAAAAACUCCAAUCCUGAUGAGAUUGAAAUUGACUUUGAGACAUUAAAGGCAUCCACAUUGCGGGAGCUGGAGAGAUACGUAACGUCUUGUUUACGAAAAAAGAGGAAACCUCAAGCAGAGAAAGUGGAUGUAAUUGCUGGUUCCUCUAAAAUGAAGGGGUUCUCCUCCUCAGAGUCUGAGAGCACCAGUGAGUCCAGCUCUACCGACAGUGAAGAUUCAGAAACAGAACUACCCCCAAAACUUAAGAAGAAAGGACAUACUGGACGAGAACAAAAGAAGCAUCACCAUCAUCACCAUCAACAGACACAGCCGCCGCCGCCGCCAACACCACAGCAGCAAUUACAACCUCAGCAGCUGCCACCACCGCCAUCCGCUCCUCAACAAACAACCCCUGCAGCCAAGGCCUCUCCUCCAGCUUUUGCUCCUGCACAGAUCCCAGUUAUGGAGCAUCCGCUCCCAGGGAACAUGUUUGACACUAUUUCACAUUUCACUCAGCCUAUUAUGCAUCUUCCUCAGCCAGAGAUGCCACCCCACCUCCCCCAGCAGCCCGAGCACAGCACUCCUCCUCACUUGAAUCAGCUUGCCGUCGUGUCCCCUCCAGCUUUGCACAAUGCUCUGCCUCAGCAGCCCUCAAGACCCAGUAAUCGAGCUGCAGCACUCCCUCCUAAACCUUCUCGGCCUCCUGCAGUGUCGCCAGCUCUUAACCAGCAAGCCAUGCUUCCACAGCCCCCACUCCCCCAGCCCCCCCAGGUGCUUCUGGAGGACGAAGAGCCUCCUGCUCCUCAUCACAACCUGCCGCUGAGUAAUAGCCAGAUGCAGCUGUAUCUGCAGCAGCUGCAGAAAGUGCAGCCACAGACUUCUCUCCUCCCUUCAGUGAAGGUCCAGUCACAGCCUCAGCCAUCCCUGCAGCCUCCCCCACACCCUCCAGUGCAACAGUUGCAGCAUCAGCAGCAGCAGCGGCCUGUACAUAUGCAGCCCAUGCAGUUCCCUUCCCACAUCCCUCAGCCUCCGCCUCCUCCACAACAGCACCUACCCUUGCAGCAGCAGCAGCAGCAACAGCAGCAACAGCCUCCAACACCGUCUUCAAAGCCCCAGCAAGUCAUCCAGCACCAUCCAUCACCACGACACCACAAGCCUGACCCCUACUCAGCUGGUGAUUUGAGAGAAGAAAUAGAGAACUUUGAAAUGAUUUCCCUGAUGCUGCUCAAUGGAUGCAGAGAACAGGCCCUGGUUUUAAUGGUGCUUCUGGUCUUGGGCAGGAGUCGUGAAGAGGAGGACGCUAUGGAGCAAGCUCGCCGAGUUCACGAAGAAGUCCGGCGGCGCCAGGAGCAGCAGCAGCAGCAGCAGCCACAGCAUCAUCAGCCGCCACCACAGCCACCGCCGCCACAGCAGCAGCCGCCACAGCCACCCGUGUCAGCCACAGCCUCUGCUCCCCAGGCACAGAGCUCUCAACCACAGGCUUCUCAGUCUGUGCUGGACCAACAGAGAGAAAUGCUCAGAAAACGAGAGCAGGAGCGAAGGCGCAGGGAGGCAAUGGCAGCUACCAUUGACAUGAAUUUCCAGAGUGAUCUGUUGGCAAUAUUUGAAGAGAAUCUUUUCUAAUAGUGCACCUGGGUUUCUUCGCCUGACUCCUUAAUUUCCCGGCAAAUCUUUGACUCUCCAUAGUGUUGUUGGCGGCUGGGAGGAGAGCAUUCCUGCAGCCUUUCUGCAUGUGUGACAGUUGCGGCCUCAGAAGGAUCAGCAGAGCCUGCCUUACGAUUUGACUUUCUUCCCCACCCGCCACCCCUGCCUCACUAAAGAAAGAGAGACCAAGUCAAGCCAACUCUGUACUAGGUUUGAGUCGGUGGAUGUGCAGCUGCUGGGAAGGGUGCCCCCUGAUCACUUGAUAUUCUCUAUGCCAAACUUACUUGCAGUAUAUCCAGGACUUUAUGCUGUUCACCCUUUUUCUAUUCAAAAGAGUUCUGAGAUACAGAAUGUCUUUGACUCGGCAAUGCUGUGUGCUGGCAGCACAAGACGCUCUGCAUUGAGAGGUUAUGUACAGGAAGAGACCCUGCCCGGGCUUCAUCAGGGAAGACACACAAGCUGUUCUGGGUCCUUUCGUCACUGGCUUUGCCUUUAACUAAACUUCCCACAAGCCUUUAGCUGGGAGCCAUUCUCUGUAAGUGUUCGCUUGUGAAAAAGGGAAUAAUUUAGUGGAGGUGUCAAGUGUAAUUGGCCAUUUGAGUGAGGUUUUGUUUUAGCAUUGUGUGGAGAUCCAGGAAUCUGAGCUAGACUACCAACCAAAGUCAGUUUCUUUCAAUCUGUUUAUUUUCCUCCAGGCAGUUGCCUCUGCUCAACUCUUGACUGGGUAUUCUUGUCUCUUCAUUACAGAGUGGAGUGGAGUGGGGAAAACAUUAGCACCAGGGGAAACUCCCACCCUAUCAAUAGUGUUGGACUAUGGCUGUAUUGUAUAGUGAAUAUAGUUGGCAUAUAUUUGUUUGAGUUUUACAGGUGAGCUCACCAAACUCUGUAAAGACACUGCUUAUAUUUUGCUCAGUUCCAGACUUUUAGUCUAUAUUUUUAACUGUAAUACCAGAAAGCGACAUUUUGGGUUUUUAAAUGUCACGGAGUCUGUUAAAAUUAGUUUUUAUACAGCAGGGGAGCAGCUCCAGAGGGAGGUGGAGAGUGGCCUUGGAUCGGCAGGAAGGAAGACCUGCUCCUGUUUUCAGUUGAGUUCUCUCACACUAGCAGUGACCAUUUUCCCAGCACCUUUAGUGUGUUCUUUUCAUUUUACUCUUUGAAUUGUUCCAAGUUUAUGUGCCAUAAAUACCCACUAUACAGUACAAUACUGGUGUGUCAGUAUUGGCCAAUCUCUGGAGUAAUUAAUUGGUUUUACUUUAAUACGGUGAAUAUGCAUUUGGUCUGUACUGAUCAUGGAAUAAACUCAUCUCUUUUUUUUUAAA